AAAGAAUAAUUUUAAAUUACAACAAAAAUGUUUACGAGUUUUUCAAGCACAUCAUGUUGCUCUUAAAGUUUCUAAAUUAAAUUUAUCAUAUGGGUCAGCUGAGGAAAAAAAAAAGAUUUUUAAUGAAAAGCAUGCUAUUCAGAUCCAUAGUGUGACAUUUUCAAUAAUAAGUAACGAUAACAAAUAACAUGAUAACAUUUAUCACCUCAAGACAAAUAUUUCAUUAUAGAAUAUUAAUGUAUGGUAUAAUUUAUGUUACAUACAUUAUAUUUUAUAACAUAAAACAUUAAAAGAAACGCGAAGAAACAUUUAAAUGAAGCUAUAAGUAGGUACAAUGCAUUUAAUGUAGAUUGUUUUAGUUUAAUUUUAUUAUAAAAGAGUGCAUCACAUGUGAAAUACUGAACUGAGAGAAAUAAAAAUAACCUAAUCCGAUAAGUAUCGAUUUCAAACUUUUCUUUUUUCCAUUCUUUGGUGACUAUCAGAAUUUAUCAAGGAAAUUAAACUGUGAUUGCAGUAUCACUCAAUUAGUUUAAGUGAUACUCAGAAUUUAUGAAUUCAAUACAAUAAAUAUGGCUAAAAUUUAUAAAUAUGACAAUGUCUGCAACAUUUGUCCAAACUUUGGAAGAAAUAAUAUCAUUUAUAAAUGAAUGAAAAGUGAAAAAACUGACAUUUCACGUUAGUAAAUGUACAAACUUCUGCCAUGCUACAAAAUAUAGUAGAAUGAAAUAGAAAUACUACGUCACUGAUUACGUCGACAAAAGAUCCAAUCAAAAUUUCGUUUUUGUUUGAGUAGUGGUAAGGAUAGGUAUUAUGCUUCCCGGUACAAACAAACAAUAUCCGUGAAAUGAAAAGUUUUUACCAAAACAAUGAUAUUCGCUCGGGGCCGUGCAGCUUUUGCGUGUUUUAUUUAAAACAACCGAUAUUCUCGACGCACAGUUAGCAAAACAAUUUUACAAAUAAAUUCUCAUUCUUUCUUCUGCAAUGAUACGGGGAACAAUGGUAAUUACUGAUUGAUUUUCAAAAACUGCCCCCGUUUCAUAAAUCGUCAUGUACUAAUUACUUUAUUUCAGAUUUAAUUUCUCCAUUUAAUGUAUGUACCAAAUUUUAUAACUUUCUAUUAAAACACAAAGAUAGUAGUUUUAAUUGUAACGGACAGUAAUGGAAUUUUGACGACCAUUUAGUAUUUGUAAUUAUUUCAAGCCUUUUAACUACUGCUUGUUUAUUUUAUCUUUUUAGAGAAAGGUUGAUAAAUAUUGGCCGGAAGAAUUUGAAAAGUAUGGUAAUAUUACAGUGACUUUGAUUUCAAAACACGAAUUUGAAAAAAUGCAUCAUGUUGUACGGACAUUUUCUGUAACAAAGGAAGGUGAAAGCACUUCUCGCAGUGUACGUCACUUUCAUUACACUGGCUGGCCGGAUCACAUGGUUCCUACGGAGACAUUGCCACUAGUUGCACUUAUUCAACAAACCCGGAGAUACAAACCUGACAACAAAGCUCCCAUUGUUGUUCACUGCAGCGCUGGUGUGGGAAGAACUGGAGUUGCAAUCUUGAUGGAUAUAAUGAUGCAAAAGGAAGGCAUCGUUGAUUUUCCUGCCGAAUUAGAUUAUAUGAGACAGCAGAGAGUUAGUGUUAUUGAAACGAAGGAGCAAUACAUUUUCGCUCAUCAAGCUGUUUAUGACUUCUUUGCUGGAAAUGAAACUGAGAACUACUUGAGAAAUGCAAAUGAGGAGUACAAAAAAAUUGAUAACAACUGAUACUGAUUCUACAGAGCAAAUGUCUUCAGAUCUCCAAAAGGAUAUUUGAUACAGAUUGGCAUUGGAAGUUCAUUAAGGAAAUUUGCAGAGAAUAAAUUGUUUUUCAGUCUUUAAUAAAAUUUUGAUUAAGCA